AGCAAACAAACAAGCCUCUCUGUCAGCGUGUGCAAUGCUGGAUUAAUGGGCAUCAACAUCAAGCAAAGACAGUAAUAGGAUCAAGCUCUGGUGGAAAGAGCACAAAUAGACCUGACCAGGUCAAGAUAACCUGCUGACUGCUGUCCACACAGAGCACUUUGUUUAUUUCUCUCAGCCAAGAAGCACCGUCAGUCUCCUGCUGAAUCAGUUCCUCUCAUCACACACCGUGAGCUCCAGAAUGAAGCUCCUGCUCACUUUGACCCUUUUGGUGGCGACAUUGUGCGUCCACAACUUUGCUUCUGCAGACCAACCAGGCAUCUCAGAGGAGACCUUAAAACAGUUGUCAGUGGAUGGAGAGAAAUUUGUGGAUGAGCAGGUGCGGAGAGCUCUGUAUGGGGUGAAGCAAAUGAAGGAGGUGAUGUGGAGGAAUGAGCAGAAGCAUGAGCACCUCAUGACGUCUUUGAGACACAGCAGUGAUAAGAAGAGGGGGGCAGCCCAGCUGGCUAAGGAGGUGACUGACAAGCUGGAGGAGGCAGAGGAGCAGUGCAAAGACUCUCUGCAGUCUGAGUGGGAGGAGUGCAGGCCCUGUCUGGAGGAUGCCUGUAAAUCCUUCUAUACCUCCACCUGCCGCAGGGGCUUUGCCACUUUCCAUGCAAAGGUGGAAAACUUUUUCCAAAGGGUCUCCAGGCGCUUCGGCCCACGUGAGCCCAGCAUGGAGGCAGGAGACAUCCUGGUGAACCAGGGCAGCACAGACAUAGAGGUUGCCCGAAUUGAGGAUUCCUUCAACCGCCUGAUGAGCAAGGUGGGCACAGUGGUGAACCAUAGCGUCACGCUCGUAUCCAGGAUGAGAAGCAGGCUCGACAAAGUCCUUCAGAGAGCCUUCCUGAACAACACCGAUGUCCUGACUGAAGAGAGCACCUCUGAUCCCUACUACCCCAGCCGGGACUCGGGCUUCCUGCAGGGCGUUGGUCUGGAGGAGGUGCUGGAAUCCUUCUUUGACUUUGGCAAGAGCGUUGUGGAGGAGUUUGGAGCUGUGGUGACCCAGGUGUUUGAUGACAUCCACGAGACAGUGGAGGAGGAGAAGAAGAAAGGUGUAGGGAGGGUAAGUUUCCCUAGUUUCCUGCGGAACAGAAAGCUGUGCAGAGACCUUCGCAAACAGACAUCAGAGUGCUGGCAGUUGCAGAACCAGUGUGAGGCCUGCCAGGGAGCUCUGCUCACAGAAUGUCCCAGUGUUCGGGAGCUGCAUGUGGAGCUGGAUGAAGUUUCCCAGCUGGUGGAAGUCUCCAAAGAGCAGUACGAUGAGAUCUUGUCCAUUGUCCAGCACCACACUGAUGAAACGGUCAACUGGCUCAGCAACAUGGCGGCUGAGUUUGGCUGGGUGGCUCAGGCUGUGAGCAACAGCAGCACUCCUCAGAAUAUCUUCCGCAUCACUAUGGUGGCGCCAGAGAGCCAUGACGAACACAACAUGCCUGUGAGUGAGACCAAGGUGGAGGUGAACAUCUUAAACUCUCCCCCACUCAUUCUCUCUGUUCCUGGGGAGCUGGAGCUGCAGGACCCAGCCUUCAUUCAGUAUGUGGCCCAGGAGGCUCUGGACAAAUACAAAGAGAUGGCCAGGUUUGAGGAUGAGUAAAACUGCAUCGUCUUUUGAGACUGCAUGAAGAGUAGAUGUCUUGUUGAAAUGUACAUGCACUAUAACUGAAACAUAACUGUUGCUACUUAUUAUGUAUUAUUGUAAAAAAAAUUAAUAUUCUUCUUACUGGUUGUCAAAUGGUGUAAAUAAAUAAAAACAGGCUUCUUGGUGGUCUAUGCCGUCCACCAGCAGGUGAAAAAUGGAUGAAUAAAUCUUGGGUCUGAAUCCUC